AUGACACUUCACAUGAUACGUGAGAAAAAGUUCAAACCAGACGAAGCCACCGCCGUGGCGAUACUGCCGCCUCCUCCACCGCCGCUGCCUCCCCCAUCGGUGCCAAUGAUGGCACCGACGACGGCGUACGCCGCCUACGGGCAGCCGCCGCCCAUGAUGGCCUACCAGCCGGACAUGAUGGCCGUGCAAGUUCAACCGCCAAUGAUGGCCGUCGAACAGCAACAACAGCAAAGCUAUCCGGGACCGUCGUCGUCACUGCCACCUCCGCCGCCGCAACCGCCCGUGCUGGAACAGGUGCCCGAAGUUGGGGCCAACUGUAAAGUACUUUCAGAGAAUGAUAAAUUACCAACAACAGUUGAAGAGUUAGUUGAAUUGGUUGCCGAUAUCGGUGAUGUUUAUGAAGAAAAAUUAAGUUCACGUAAAAAUGAGUUGCAUCCAUCGCUUUGGUUCUUGUUUGAGAAACAGUCCGACGCUUACAGAAACUAUCGGCACAUGAUCGUAGCCAAGUUGUUCAAGACGGCGGGCCUGGUGGGUCACGAGCUGCCGUCGAUUCAGCAGCCGGCGGCGUCGGAUGACUCCAAGUACGACCCGGCCGACGUGCUGGACGAUACCAACGAGCUGGAAGAUCAUCAACCGAAUCCGGACCAGCAGCAGCAGUUCAACGACGGCGAGCCCAUCCAGAUGCAGCCCAACUAUUAUGGGGACGAGCGUCACUUUUACGACGACAAGUCGACGACGGAGACCGAUUCCGACACGGAGUACGUGCGGGAGGCUCGCAAGCGCAACUUGAAGAAUCUGAAGCACAAAACGAUGAACGCGGGGAAUGCGCGCGAGGAUCAGAGCAGUUCGGACUCGGACGAUGACUUUCGCGACUCGCCGGACAGCAAGUCGGAGGGGCGUGGGGGAGGUGGCGGUGGAGGUGGAGGUGGGGAUGGGGAGAAGGGAAAUGGGAGUGGGAGCGGAGGGCGGAGCGGAAGGCAGAAGCAGCGCAAAAAGUCCCGCUGGGGAGAUCAGUCGGAGAGUGUGGAAACGACCGACAUGACGGGGGAAGGGCAGGGAUUUACGGAGGACGGAGGUUGUGGCGGCAUGCAGGACGAACAGCAGCAGCUGUUUCAUCAGAGUUCGCGGUCGAACCCGGGGUUUCUUCAGUUUGUGUUCCAGAACUACGGUACCGUUGAGGUGAGCCCCGAGGCGUGGAAGCUUGCCGAGGAGCACUUCCGGAUCCGGCUGCUGUACGAGGACAUGUCCGAUAAGAUUCAGCGGCACGAGCGGUACACGAGCAAUCGGUUGAUGAACGAUCCCAACGGAGGUCCGGUCGAUGUGGAGGAAGAUCGUCGCAUGAAUACGGACAAGAUGAAGGCUGUGCUGUUGUGGAUCAACGAGAUUACCAAGCUGUACGAGCGCUGCCAGCCGUCCAACCUGCGGGACUUUCUCAUGCGCGACGAGUUCGAGAGCUUUUUGGACAAGUUUCAAACCAAUGAGAACGAUCGCUUUCCAAACUUUGAGGAGUACAAAAAGUUCAAACUAGAGCAGGCCAAAAUCGUGUCGACGACUUCACGCGGCGAAUACAGUUCGUCGGAUUCGGCGGCGCAACAAAACGCUGCCGGCCAACUAAUGAAAGAUCACGCCAAGCGACGCAAAAGCCGCUGGGGAGAUCAGGUGCCGAUCAAGACCAUGCCAAAUCCGGCGGUGGCGUCAAACCAACCUUCCGCGUCGUCCUCUUCCAGCACGCCGAAGCUGAUGGCCGUAAACAACCGCACCGAUCCGGCGCUACUGGCUUACGUACGUCAAAACUUUGGCUCCACCAACCUCUCGGAAGAGGACUGGAAAAAGGCCGAGGACCACUACAAGAUCAACCUGCUGUACCAGGACAUGCUGCGAAAGCGCCAGGAGAUUGACCGGUUGGCCGCCAGUGGCAAGUUCAAGUACGAGUACGACUCGGACGAGGACGUAACGGGCGGAACCUGGGAGCACAAACUCCGCUCGCAAGAAAUGGAAGCGACCCAGCUGUGGGCGAACGAGCUGACGAAAAAGUCCGAGGGAAAGCACCACAUCGGCGACUUUUUGCCCCCGGAGGAGCUGCGCAAGUUCAUGGAGAAAUACGACGCACAAAAAAACAACCGCCAGCCCAACCUCAGCGACUACAAGGAGUACAAGCUAAAGGAGGACAACGUCGGCUUCCAGAUGCUGCAAAAACUCGGCUGGAAGGAGGGCCAAGGACUGGGCGCAGAUGGCAGCGGCAUCGUCGACCCAAUUAACAAAGCAUCCCAGCGUGAUAACAACCAGGGCCUGGGCGUGGCCGCCGGAGAUAAUCCCGAGGUGGACGAUAACGAGUACGACCAAUAUCGCAAACGUAUGAUGCUUGCGUACAGAUUUCGACCAAAUCCGUUGAAUAAUCCCCGCCGGGCGUAUUAUUGAAAAUUCAAUCAAUAUGUUGCACCGACACCCAUCGUCCCCCACACUCCACGCAAUCCACAACCAGACGCUGGCGGUGAAACAAACGCAGUUAUUAAAAAUAAUAAUCUUGUCGCUUAAUGGGUUGCGAUCGCGCCGGCGUGCCCAAUUAAACAGGCGCGCUUUUAAUUGAUUUCGAGUGAGAGAAGCGGCGUGCCAUCGUAUCAGCGGUGUGUGUUGUGGGGUUUCGGGGGCUUGCUGACUUUUUUUUUGCUGGCGGGUGCGCGCCGUACAGAGGAAGGGGCAUUCGUUAAAGACUUGCUGCUACUCCAAUUUGUUUCACUGCAAAGUAAGCUAAUCAUCUUCUAGUUAAUUCGAAUAAAUGUUGAUACAGUGGAAUCAA